AUGCUCGUUUAUAUACUUUUGCUACAAUUACUUGUACAGGGAUUGAUAGCGGUACCUAUAUCAGAAGAUACAUUAGGAGAACAAAAUACUGUCACAAUCAUUCGAUAUGAUCGUGAUAGUCCUUUUGAUCAGACGAGACGCAAGUCAUCUUUUUUAUCAACUCUAAGUCCCAUCACUGAUGGGAUAACACGAUUAGGAGUUCAGCGAGUAGCCGUGCAGCCUUUUCAGUUCACCUUUAUUUGUACAGACGCUCCACCUGAUGUUUGUGCUCAGGCUCGAGCUGGAUUUGAACGGGCUGGACAACUCAUUGCCAAAUCCAUGCAGAUAACAAAGACUAUCAAUGUACAGGCAAGAUAUCGAUCGUUUUGCAACUCUGCCCCACCAGGUCAGGGCUGCAUGUUAAACAAUACACUUGGCCAAGCUUCUGCUGCAGCCUACUUUUCUGCAAAAACUGGUGAAUCAGACGAUUGGGCAUUCUAUCCUCAAGCACUGGUUAAACAGCUUCCAAGAGAUCAUGUACUCGAAUUUAACAAGUUUGAUAUCCUUGCAGAGUUUAAUGCAGACUAUUCCUUCUACUUUAGAGGCUUUAAUCGGCCAAUUCAACCCACUGAAACCGAUUUCGAGUUUGUUGUCUGUCACGAAUUGACUCAUGGUCUAGGCUUUGAUACUGCCUGGGCAUCGUACUAUUCUGUAUACCAAGGCUUGACAAAAGACUCUUCAUACUUGGCUCCGUUGGUCUAUGCCAAUGGCACUACUCCUGAAAACUCUAUUGUAUCCAACAUGGAACCCAUCAACAUUUUUGACACAUUUCAACAGCGAUCGUCUGAUAACGCUGCCCUCAAAGACAUGGCCAGAGCCAUUGCAUCAUUUCCCAGUACCGAUAUUAACAUUAUUGACUACAUUAAAGCGUUUCAAGUAUCUGGGGGCCCAUACAAUGCGGCUCGACAAGUAUUUUCUGCCGUCACAGCUGGAGUUCGAUCCAUAUACUUCAAGCCUAAAACUGGGUCCUCUCGUAUCUAUUUGCAAACCAAGAAAGAUAUAUUCCAACCAGGAUCCUCUAUUGCACAUCUAGAUUAUGAGCAAUACUGGAAUGGUCCUGAUUUUCUCAUGAUCCCUGCCAUGCAAAACCUUACUGGAUACACUUUGGAUAGUAUUAUUGCUGCCAAUACUCGAAAUGUAGGAUUAAAUGGAGGCAUAUACGGACCCAACAUACAGAGUAUUAUGCAAGCUAUGGGAUGGCCACUAUUGACAGAUUCUAUAGUCAGUCGUAUCAGUAUCAAUCCCACACCAGAAAAGAUGAAAUCUGGUUGUUUGUCCGACUAUGCCAAUAAGAUGGUCAUCACUAUUGCUCUUACCCUGCUUUCCGUAGCCAUGCAUCUCAUGUAA